GGAACGGCCAGACCGGAAGUUGUCGGAAGGCUUGCGACCGAAGCUCCAGGGAUCUCAUUCUGAUAUUUUCCUGCGAUGGAGGUUGUUUAUUCUCUGCUCGGUAAAAAGGGACAACCCCCGGUUUGUCUGGACGAGCCUCCAACUUCUGCAAGGCUGGACCACAGUAAUGGAAUAAAUUUGGGUGAAUCUGCUCUCUUUAGAUCUGUUCAGAAGAACAACAAAACAAAGCGUAGGAAGGGGAUGCACUUGCAGGGCAGGUUAAAGCCGACAUCUGUGUUCCGGGGCAGCCAACUACAAGGGAGAUUGCCUCUCGGUCGACAGAGGGGUGCUGCUCCAAUUGAGGCUAUCGCCAUUGUGGACACCCAGGGUGGGACUGCACCGGCAGUGGACACGGUCGUUGGGGACAAUAGGGGUCGCCUGGCAUCGGUUGUCGAAAGAAACAGCCAUUUGGGCCACCCUCUCGUUGGUACUCUCAGGGACAAAAUCAACCAAAUGAGAUUCCUAUUGCUACCACCUUUAAAGUGGGCUUAAAAAGAUUUCGCAUUGUUCAUUCAAAUAAUGGUUAUACUUACCAAAUUUUAGUUGAAUACUCUGGUUAGAGUUUCUCUCUCUUCUUUCUCAUUGUAUUCUCCCUGACUUAGAGUUCUAUCUUCAUCCAUUAAUUCAAUUGCUCUUUAACAUACUAAGAGCUCUUAUCUUCUUUUUGUUCUUUGUUCUCUUAUCUUUGUUAUUGUACCAUGUCCCUCUUUAAGAUUCUUACUAGUGACAGAGAGAAUGAAAAAUUUGAUGUGUAACUUCUUGUGAGGCUUUUCGA